UCUGCUAAUGAAUCUCUCGGUUCAUUCUUCGCCAUUUUACCUUCUUUUCCACCUGUUUCUCACACUUUCCCUUUAAUUUCUCUUCCAUCUAGUGUAGUUUUGGUUUAAUUUUCGAAAAUCCCAAAAACAUUUUUUCUGUUUUUUUUUGCCCUCCAAUCAAAUCCUAAUCUAGACAGGGAUUUUUGGUCUGAACACAAGGAGAGUCUUUCUGCUGUAGAUCUGGGGCUUCCUAAAGAUAAGGAUUCGAAUGUUUCAGUCGAAAGGAUCGGAGCCUCCAUCGAUAAUACUGGUGAAUCGAAGGUGUUAUGCUUGGUCUCUAACGCCGGAAUUUACAUCUCUGUAGAUUCAACGAAUCGAAUCGAUGAAGCCAUGCUUAUGGGGGUUUUAAUUAGCCGAGAAGAUCAAAUCCUUCCUGGGCAAUGGUUUGGAGGCAGGUGAAUCGUUGGAGGUAUGAUUGGUUACCAGUGCUGAAGGGUUUUCUCUCAGUGUGGGUUUAUCACUAGCCUGAGCUUGUCUUGCGGAAUCAAUGGGUGCGCUUUAGCAGGAAAGAGAAGUUCCUUCCUUGUUUCCGGCAGUACUUUACCAGAUUUCCUGAUGAACGAGACCCAAGGGGAGAGUUCUCCAGCUAUCAAAUAUGAAGAUGCGGUUGAGUGGUUAAAAGUGGUUGAUACACACACAAAGGAAUUGAUGUUCGUGGUUGCUGAUUCAAUUUUUGAUGUUAAUGCUGAGGUUAAUGGUGGGAUGGCAAUGCCUUUUUUCUGGUUUUGGUAGCUGUUAUGAUGAUAUGAUUGCCUUACAUGAGAAUGCCCAGUUCGUAGGAUCCCUCCUGGUUAUAGGGGCUCAAAUGAUAUAUCUAGUUAAGAAUGACCCAUGUCUAUUUAUGUUUCUAGCUCAUUUACUAAUUGAACAAAAGAGAAGAAUUAGACUGCACUGGUCUUGUGGGUGACCAAUUUCCGAGUGGGACAAGAUUUGCUUUAUCUCUGAUGUGGUAGACUUAAUUCCUUGCUGGGAGGUUACUGGUUGGUUGGUACAGGGUGAUGGACAUUAAAAACACUUUGGAUUUUGGCCCUUUUCUUAUUCUUUUUGAGGAUUGUGUUAUAGGAAUUGUGGUCUCAAACUUGGCUCAUUGCUGAUUCUUUAUUAAGUUGUUUUGUUCCUUUAUGUCAUCUUAUGGGAGUAUAUGGUGGAUUGAGGUGGAUGCCUGCUAUGGCUGGAUAGGGUAGUUGGUGCUCUUACAUGGCCUGUGGUUCGGGAUGUGAUUAAGAAUGAUUCUGAAGCUACAGAAUCCAAUACUCUAGAGUUGGUGUGAAGAAAAACUAUUGCACUAGUUUGGCGAUGGUGUUCCUAGAUGUUGUUAUGGCACCUGCUGGUAAUCUGCUUAGAUCUGAAAGCUUGGUAUGGUUUUGUGCCUCUAUAGCAACAGGGAUUGGAGCACAGUAGUGCAACAAUACCUUUUUAUAUCACCAAGCCUUUUCCAUUUUACUGGUAUUCUUCCAGAGAAGAAUGAUUCAGAGUUUACACCACAACACAACUUGGAAAAAAGGAUGAGCUGCUGGCCUUUGGCUGGGGAACCACCACCCCGUUGCUUUCUCAAUGUGGCUGCAGAUCAUUCUUCCUGAGUUGGCUAUUUAUCAAUAGUUUCUGUGGCUUUGGUUUUCUUGAUUUCUGUUAUGUUUAGGUUGCUGGAGUCUUGUUGGUUGUACUUUAAUUAAUUUAUGAAUUAAUAUAGUAGUGUGCUUUUG